AGAGCUGCCGAGGGCUGCGGGCUGCAGGAACAAACACGCUCUGGAAUUCGGUUUCUGCCCUGGCAGGCAGCUGCCUUCUGCUUCUGCCUCCCGCCCCAUGGGGCCAGCCAGCCAGCCGACAAACUUGUUGUAUAGAAAGAAGGGAGAGGGGGAAAUGCAAGUGCCGACACUUUGCAGCGUCCAGGAAAUCGUUUCCUAAAGCACACUCUCCCAGUACGUUCGGAUGGACAAGGCUUUGCCGGCACAAUCUGCAGCCAAGAGUAAGGCAGAAAGUCCUACCAUGGCUUCAUGGAAUCGAGACUGGCUACGUGACUACAAAUAGCACUCGGCAGAGAAGAGAGAAUUCCUGGUGAUUUCUGCUGGAGAUGUACUCCCCUGUCACAGAGCUCACCUUCCUGCCCUGAAGCUUCCCAGCAUAACAAACUUGCCAAAGCACACCGUUCAAAUACAUCUGACCUGCCAGUUCUUCUGGAAUUUCAAAAAAGUUGCAAUAAAAAGACCAGAGAAGACGCCAAAUCACGGGCAUUUUUAACAUACCAUUAUAAUGGUAAGCUCUAAUUGUUCCACUGAGGACUCCUUUAAAUAUACUUUGUACGGGUGUAUCUUUAGCAUGGUGUUUGUUCUCGGCCUCAUAGCGAACUGUGUAGCGAUCUACAUUUUCACUUGUACUUUAAAAGUGCGAAAUGAGACUACCACUUACAUGCUUAAUUUAGCCAUAUCAGAUCUGCUUUUCGUGUUUACAUUGCCCUUCAGGAUUUAUUACUUUGUAACCAGAAACUGGCCAUUUGGAGACAUUCUCUGCAAGAUUUCUGUCACCCUCUUUUACACAAAUAUGUAUGGGAGCAUUUUGUUUCUGACUUGCAUCAGCGUGGAUCGCUUUUUAGCUAUAGUACACCCCUUCAGAUCCAAGACUCUCCGGACCAAACGGAAUGCAAAGAUUGUCUGUGCUGCAGUAUGGAUAACCGUGCUAGCAGGCAGCACACCAGCAAGCUUUUUCCAGUCCACAAACCGCAGGAACAAUACGGAACAAAGGACGUGCUUUGAAAACUUUUCAGAGGACACGUGGAAAACCUACCUAUCCCGGAUUGUUAUCUUCAUUGAAACCGUUGGGUUUUUUAUCCCGCUCAUCCUGAACGUGACCUGCUCCACUAUGGUCCUACGGACCUUGAAUAAACCGCUUACAUUAAGCCGGAAUAAAGUAAGCAAGAAAAAGGUACUCAAAAUGAUUUUUGUCCAUUUGGUGAUAUUCUGCUUCUGCUUUGUGCCUUAUAACAUUACCUUAAUACUUUACUCCCUUAUGAGAACACAGACCUGGGUCAAUUGCUCAGUGGUGACUGCAGUCAGGACUAUGUACCCCAUAACUCUGUGCAUCGCUGUUUCAAACUGCUGUUUUGACCCCAUUGUCUAUUACUUCACAUCAGAUACCAUUCAAAAUUCCAUAAAAAAGAACCGGUCCACCAGACCACGGGAUGUCAGAUUCUCUGAAAGGCCAGUUUCAGAAAGCUUCAUUCAACACAGCCUUCAGACCAUAAAAAUGAAAAUAUUUGACAGUGACUCUACAAUAUAAACUAUAUUAAAAGACUAUUGGGACUAAACUGGAAUUAGAAGCCUGCACAUUUCUUCAGCUGUGGACAUAUAUUCAUGUAUGUAAAGGCUGUGCUUCCUUCACAUCUGAAAAGUUUAUUACAAGGCUGUAAAAGUGUUAAGCAUAAUAGCACACAGAAAAAGUGUUUUAAAAAUCUGUGUCAAAGGUUUGUUCUGACAGAUUGUAUGUUAGAAAUGAACUUUUGAGUUUAGAGGUUAACCAAAGUCCAAGGACUGUUUCCCAAGUCAAACACAAAUGAAAAAGUAGGUUGUUUUCCUUGCUGAAGUUAAAACAGUUGCUCCAUGUUACUGAGGAUGGGGGUGAAGCUGCCUGCUCCACACUGCAGGAAAACUGCCCCAUAUUGUCAUAUCACUUCAGCUACUGUGUCUUCCCCAGUUUCCUCUUGCUUCUCUUACUCCUCCCCUACUGUCUUUUUCCCUGCACUUUCCUUCUUAAGGGACCAUUAUGUUCAUAGGAGGCUAAAAUCAGUGGGUUACAAGAACUUUGUUUCUCCCAGCUUUAUCUGAUAAAAAUACAUGCUCUCUCCACAUGCCUGGCCCCCAUAAAGCAAUUACAUCUCCUGGUAGUUUAGAGCAUUUGGAAAUGUCUCAGACAAACUGGUUUUUCUUCUCACCUCUCUCUUAGAAGCCUGUGUGAUUAAAACAAAGUAACCUGUGAUGACUGAAGUUAAUGUUGUAGGUACAGUACCACUUUAUUCAACUCUUUUGUGAGGAGUUCUUAAACUCAGCAUGACUUUUGAGGAAAAUAACAUCCUCUGAGUAAGUUAAUUUGAUCUCAAAGUACAGUUUCUUGGUAAAA